AAGGGUACCUCCAGCUUUGGCAAGCGCCACAACAAGACUCACACCCUCUGCAGGCGUUGUGGCAAGCGGUCUUUCCACGUCCAGAAGUCCACCUGUGCCAACUGCGGAUACCCCGCCGCUAAGACUCGCAAGUACAACUGGUCCGAGAAGGCCAAGCGCAGAAAGACCACCGGUACCGGCCGCAUGCGUCACCUCAAGGAGGUCCACCGUCGCUUCCACAACGGCUUCCAGGUCGGCACCCCCAAGGGUGCUAAGGGCCCCGAGAACCACUAG